AUGUCAGAAGAACCCAUCCCUGAAGAGAAACUACUCUACUUCGAAGAGCGCAACAACGAUCAGAAUGAAUCGAUAAUCUUCUUACAUGGUGGGGGAGGCAGUCAUGUUGAAUGGAAAUCGGUUGCUCCUCAGCAAUCACUGUCCUCCUACCAUCUAAUCCUCGCCGACCUUCCAAUGCACUCUGGAUCCUGGGACAUUGGGCGUCCUCUCACACUCGCAUCAGCUGCUGAUGAAGUAUUUAAAGUCAUUCAGAAGCACGCACACGGCGGAAAAGCACACGUUGUCGGUCUAUCUCUGGGUGGUUUCAUCGCUCUCACUCUCACAUAUCGCCAUCCUGACGUCGUGUUGUCGACGUUCUCAACAGGUGCUUACCGAUACAGAGGAAUGUUUAAGUGGUUCAUGGAGCACCCGAUGGCCAUGUCGAUUGCGAAUUGCAUACAGAACAUUCCCGGUGUGCUCGAGGCAUCGUUCCGACGGCAGGGAAUUGACUAUGAAGAAUGGCUUGUCGAAGGGAAGAAGAACCAUUCACCUGAGAGGUCCAAGGCGAUGAACAAGGAGCUCAGUGCCUUUAGUAUGGAUGACGUCAAAGCUGUUGCAGACUCUGGGGUCAGGACUUGUGUUAUUGCGGGAGGGAAGAUGGACCAGGUGGAUCCUGUACGAGAUAUGGGUGUUAUUCUGAGAGAGGGAGGAGAGAAGAAGGGAGUUAAGAAUGAGGCUGUCGUUGUGAGGGAUGCUUAUCAUCCAUGGCAUUUGCAAUUGCCAGAGUUGUUUGCGGCUGGGAUUGCUGAUUGGGUCCAGGAGAAAGAACUGCCCAAAGAGUUUGAGGUUUUGUAG